UUUUGUGGUCCUGCGAAUGGUAGCCCAGAUUGUUUUGGAACGCCUGAACGGUGUCCACUGUCCUUAUUAGGGUUUUCCGUAACCGUAAUAACCGUUGCUGUUUUGUAACUGAACAAACACCCAUUUUGGAAUUGUGUUUUUAAUACGUUGCAGCCUUGAGAUGAGUAGGCUAGGCUAUGUAAACAUUCAGAACACAAUUGUGUCUUUCCGUCAUUUUUAGCGUUUGCGCUUCGUUUAUGGCUUUCCCUGAGAAAAUAUGGAUUUCGAUAACGAUAAGAGAGAUGGGAGGCCAGAGAUCGAGAUGCUUCAUAUGGAGAGGCAACGAAAGAAGCGUUUCAAUGAGGAAGAGCUCAAAAUACUCGUGCGCGAAGUGCAAGCUCGACGACCUGGCCCUGGCUACACCCGUGUUGCACAGGCCGCAUGGGAAGAUAUCGCAGCAAAGGUGAGCGCUUCUUCGUUUGGAUACCUCAGAACCGGGAUGCAGUGCAAAAAGCGAUACAAUGACCUGAUGCGCAGACAACCCUGUUAUAUCAAGAAGGGUCCUGGGUCAAAGAGGAAGCGAGUGAACAGGCAGACAGAAGCAAAACUUCACCAUCCAACAGAAGAGGAGGAGCCUUUCCUCUCAGUCCGAACAAAACGUUAUAAAUUUGAGUUUGUGGAUGGAGAAGGACCCAUUGCAUUACAAGCGUUUCAGAAUGAAGUUGGUUCCCAAUGCAUUGGGGUGGAGCUGGACAGUCCCUCGACUAACCACCUGGUUGAUGGUCAACAGACUCUGGACGCUGCAGCAUCGUCUGAGGCCAGCAGAGUCCCUCCACCCCAGACACACACGCCUGCCACUUCACCCAGGCCCACUUUACCCCAAACCAACCUCCACAACCCCGGGUGAACGUAGUGAGAUUGAACCUUGAAACUGGUACCCAGGUCAGCACACCUCAAGUGACUGGAACUGUCCACAUCCCUCAGUCUCAGGGCACCCUUCAACCCCAAACCAAUACACACCCGGUCACUGUUCAACCCCAGGCUGAUGGUUUGCUUCAAGGUUAUGCUCCAUUCCACGUAAACAUACCCCAAGUAGUGCCACUGCCACAGCAGACUACUCUACCCCAACCCAACAUAUCACAGGCCUAUAUAACCCAAGCGAACCAAUCAAAGGCUACUCUAGCCCAAGCCAACCUAUCACAGGCCUAUAUACCCCAAGCAAACCAAUCACAGGCCUAUAUGCCCCAGUCCACUGUGCAGCCUCAGACGAACAUACCCCAAGUGAACCAACCUACGGUCCACAUUCCUUUGAUUGAGGUCCAACCACACAUGCAGGUCCAGCUACCUCCUCAGGACCUGGCAGCACUGGUCCAGGUGCAUCGCCAAGGUUACGACAUGUUACAGAGGGAGCUGGUCAGUAUGAGGAGCAGCAUGGAGAGAGUGCUGCAGCCCUUGCUGUCAUCCAUCAACAGCAACCUGGAAAGACUGGUUAAUGCUGUUGAACACCUCUCUGGGGUUGAGAACACACCUCAGACCAACAGUGUUGUCCAUGGUCAUCGUGAUGCUCCCUCCUGACCUUGUUAGGUUACGUUCACCAUCUAUCUGAGAGUAGGACAGGAUGUGUUCAGCUGGAUGCAGAGCUCCUGUUUAACGACUUUUUAUACUAUUUCAAAUGUCUACCAUCCAGGUAGAGAUGGACUAAACACAUUGAGUAAAGUUCUGUGCAGUAAAUGUAACUCUUGGAAUCUUUGUACUGUACAUGCAGGUCCAUUUUGUUAUCAGAGAUAUGUUUCUCUUGUCGAUGACUGUAAAUAAUGUAUGCUCCUUUUUCUCAGUAAUCUUUUUUUUGUUCAAGGUGCCUCAGCCUCUAUGGACCUCCUGUUGAGUUCCGAAAUAAAAUGUAUUUUCAAAAAAAAGUGUUCAAACA